AUGCGUUUCUCUGCUCAACUCGUCACUGGUCUGGUCCUUGCUGCUGGCACCGUCAGCGCAGGCCUGCACCAAGGAAGCUCGUACGAGGCUAAUACCAGCACUGAGCUGGCCAUCAAGCCUACUGAGACUGCUACCGAGACUGCAACCGAAGCUGCCACCGAUGCUGCGACUUCCGCUCCUGCCUCCGCGGUCUCCUCCUCCACCUCGACCACCAGCGUCCCACUGAUCCACCACAGCGAUGCCACUUCGCACACCGAGGCCGCGCCCGCCGAAUCCAGCGCUGCCGCCCCUGAGAGCUACCGUCCCGGUGUGCAUGCUAGCGAGAACGUUGCCGCAACAACUGCCACUGCCACGAGCGCCGCUGCCGCCGCAACUGGCGCUGUGGAGUCCCACCCUGCUCCUCCCGCCGCUCAGACCAGCGUCCCGCUCAUCAAGCCCAGCGCUGCCAGCGGCGCCGCCCCCGCCGCCAGCUCCGGUGCUGCGCGCAGCUCGACCGCCUCGCAUCCCAAGUCCACCGGCUCCCACGACUAUGUCGGGCAGCAUAAUAACAACGAGGAGGAGAGCACUGGAGACAGCGGCUCGGCGUCGCCUUCCACGGGCCUGCACCAAAGCCCUGGUUCCAAGGUCGUGCUUCCUGGCCUUGCUGCGCUCGGCAGCCUGGCCAUUGGCCUGUUGAUUCUGAUUUAA